GAAGCAGCUCCCCGGGGAUGGCCACCGGGGGACCAGACGUGUACGAGACCCUGCAGAUCCACUACCCAGCCAGCCCCACUCGCGCACCAGCACCCAGAUUCCAUCCAGCCACAUCCCGCUGGGCCAUGGGCACCAUCCUGGCUGUGGGCACAGGGGUGGUCCUGGUGCUGGGAGCUGCCCUCGCUGUCAUCAUCACCUUGCAUGUGCAGGGCCAGGCAGAGCUGUGGGCAGCGCGGGCAGAGUUGGCAGCAGCUGGCACUUCUGGGCUGCCAGACCCCAACAGUCCCCGCAGCUUUGGUGAGAGCCCAGCAGCAGCGCAGAGACGCAAGGACCGGCUCGGGCAGUGGCUGCAGGGCCUGUCCCUGGGCUGGAGGUACCACAAGGGGGUGAUUUACUUCUUCUCGGCCGACCGCAAAGGCUGGCAGGACGCAGAGGCUGCCUGCCGCUCCACGCAUGCCCACCUCACCUCCAUCACCAGCGCCGACGAGCAGGACUACUUGGCACGGGAGGCACAGGGAAGAUCAUACUGGAUUGGACUGGAGGCCACUGGCCCAGGGAACUCCUGGCACUGGGUGGAUGGCACUACCUACUCUGAGGCCCAGAGUUUCUGGGCACCAGGGCAGCCGGACAGCACUGACCACGGGCGGUGGGGCCAAGAGAGGUGUGCCCAGAUCCACCACGUUGGCAACGGGCUCUGGAACGACCAUAACUGCAACUUCUCCUUCCCCUGGAUCUGCAAGAGGAGCCUGAUGCCACCCUGAUGCCAUGGUGACAGCCACGGUGAUGGCUGUGGUGCCAGAUGCACUGCCAGCCGUGCUGCCAGCCACCUUGCUGCAUCCAAUGCCAACCACACCUGCCUGGAUGGCCCUCCCAGGGAUCUCUGCUGGCCCCUGAAGCAGGCCAGUUUCAAGGCUCAUGCCCAUGACAUGAUGCUGCCACUGCCUCCUGCAUCCCGGUGCCAUCCCUGCACCCAGAGUCCUGUGCCCAGCUGUGAUUAAACGGCUCCCACUGCA